AUGGUUGAACUCAAUGACUUACUAAAGGGAAUGUCUGAUCUCCAUUUAAAAGACUAUCUGAACUUCAAUAAAUGUGAAGAAGAGAUCUGUGCCAAGGACAAAUCACGGAAAGUGUUUCUCGGGCGGACACUGAAAGCAACCAGUAUCCCCAAUUAUGUGAAUGUUGUGCGCCUUAUGCAUGUGGAAGUUGGACUCCCAAACCCGACAGAUAACUGGGAGUAUAAACUCCUACUCAGGGGUGUCAACCGGUUGAAAGGUGUACCACCCAAACAGAAGUUGCCUAUCACUGUUCACAUCUUGCAGGAGAUUCGGAACAGGAUCGAUACAUCUGUUGCCUUCUAUAAGGCAUUCUGGGCAGCCUGUGUUAUUGCCUUCUUCGGCUUUCUCCGUAAAUCUACAUUGUUGCCCCGGAAAGAGAGCGAUACCCCCUCUCAUUGUCUCCUCAUGUGUGAUGCUAGCUUGUCUGAUGACAAAAAAUCUGCAACCAUAGUGAUCAGACACACCAAGACAAUUCAGUUUGGACAAAGAGUACUCAGGUUGCCCCUCCACUGGAUUCCGGGUUCACCCCUGUGUCCAGUGAAAGCUCUAGACAACUUACUCCAGCUGUUUCCACCGUCCAUCUCACAACAAGGUAUUCCACCUUUUUCCUACUUGGACAAUCAUAGAAACAUUAAGUGCCUGACUUACAAUACCUUUGUGAGCACCCUCAAGAAAAUCUUGACUGUAUGUGGAUACAAGGCAGAUGACUUUAGCGGACAUUCCUUCCGACGAGGAGGUUGCACAUUUGCCUUUAAAGCUGGACUGUCAGCACCGUUCGUUAAACUGAGAGGUGACUGGAGAUCCAAUGCAUAUGAACGUUACAUCACUUUAGAUGAUGAGUUACAUGAGAGAGUGUCGCAAGUGCUCAGUUUGUAUGUACUUUCUAGUUAA